AUGCUGCGAGAGAACCUCGUCGAGGUGGUCUCCCACGAGAUCUUGCAGACACCAGCUCCGCAGAAGAAGGACGAGGAGGCUGCACCGGUGCUCAAAGAGAAGGCCGAAGCUCCCAGCAAUAUCUUCACGGUGACAAUCGAGAGUCGAGGCGACUUUGGUGUCGUGCUCGAUGACUUGGGUUCGCGAGGCCCGGUGAUUGCUGCCGUGAACAAGGGUGCCGCACACGACAAUGGCACACUCCGAAAGUAUGACUGCAUCCUUUCAGUCAACGGUGUGGAGAGUGAUGUGCCUUGGAUAAAGGCCGAGGUGCAUGGUGUUCUCUAUGGCAUUACGGCCCAGGUUAACCGGAUGUGGGACAUCCUCGAGUCGCCUGGCAAGUGCACGCUGACGGUGCUGCGGCCAACCGACCCCUGGCGAGCUGCGGUCAGCUCCAGAGCGGUGUUUCCAUGA